CAAGCAUACUCUCUCUCUAAGCCUCACUUUCUCUCUCUUCCCCUUUUUCACAUCCAUUUAUUAGAUUCCUCUCUCAAUGGUCUCUUCCCUUUUCCAUUGGAUUGUAUUUGUAUAGACUGAUUGCUCAAGGAACCGAGAGAGAGAGAGAGAGAAAAAAAAUUCGUCUCUGAAUUUCUCUCUUCCUUGUUUUGAUUUUCAAUUUUCUGGGCUGCUGCUGUUUUUUUUUUCUUUUUAUUUUCAAGAAUUUUCUCAGAGGAGAUUUGCUGGGUUUUGUCUUCGGCUUCUGCAGAAAAACUUUUUCUGGGUUUUUCCUUGCGGAGAAGCCUUGUUGAUGCCCAGUUUGUGUUUUCCGUUUACAGCUUGAUAAUAACAACAGUAGUCAUCAUAAAUUUAUUUCCAAAAUCUCUUAGAAGUUCUGUAAAUUUUAGAAAUUUCAAAGAAAAAAAGAGAAAAGGGAGAUUAUUAUGGGGAAGCAAGGGCCGUGUUGUCACUGUGGAGUUACAAGUACGCCUCUCUGGCGGAAUGGGCCACCGGAAAAGCCAGUGCUGUGCAAUGCAUGUGGAUCACGGUGGAGAACAAAGGGAUCAUUGGCAAACUACACGCCCCUUCAUGCUCGGGCUGAAGCAGAAGACAACGAGGAUCAAAGGGUUCAGAGGUUAAAGGGCGUACCUGUAAAUAAGAACAAAGAAAUGAAGAUGCUCAAGAGGAAAUCCAAUCAAGAAAAUGCAAUGGUUAAAAGGGCUUCCUCCUCAGAAUUCUAUCAUGGUUUCAAGAAGGUGGUAGACGAGGAUGCUAGCAACAGAUCAAGUUCCGGGUCAGCUAUAUCAAACUCUGAGAGCUGUGCACAGUUUGGAAGUGCAGAUGGGAGUGAGUUUACAGGUCCAGCACAGUCUAACGUGUGGGACACGUCCGUUCCUUGCAAGAGGAGGACGUGUGUGGGCCGUCCAAAGCCUUCUUCAGUGGAAAAGCUCAGAAAAGACCUCUAUAGUAUUCUACAAGAACAGCAGUCAUCGUGUUUCUCCGGUUCAUCAGAGGAGGAUCUGCUUUUCGAGAACGAGACACCGAUGGUUUCAGUUGAGAUAGGACAUGGAAGUGUUCUCAUGAGGCAUCCACACUCGGUUGGUCGUGAAGAGGAGUCUGAAGCCAGCUCGCUCUCGGUGGAGAACAGGUCCUCAAUGAAUGAGGCAUAUUCACAUUCUGGCAAGUCCAUUUGCAAUGGAGCUGCAAAAGCUCCAAACUUUGGUGGACAAGCGAUUCAGCAGGAGCAACUCAAGAGGACCAAGUCUCAAAAUGAGAAACAACAAAUUCUAGGAUGUCACAGUUCACCACUCUGUACCAUAGAUUUGAUGGAUGUUUUCAACUUCGAUGAGUUCAUGGGACAAUUCAGGGAUGAUGAAAAGCGGCAGCUGAUGAAACUGCUUCCUCAGAUAGACUCUGUUAAUUUUCCCGAUAGCCUCAGAAGCAUGUUUGAGAGUGCUCAGUUCAAGGAGAACUUCCCUUUGUUUCAGCAGCUAGUGGCUGAUGGUGUGUUCGGGUUAUCUUCUUCCCCAGGAGCCAAACUAGAAGACCGUAAGAUGCUAAAGAAACUUGCUUUAUCCGAUCUUACCAAAUCCCAUCUGGUUGAAAGCUAUUACCAACUCAAGGAAGGCAAAAAUGGGACAGUAGGCUCUUCUACUACACCAUCAAGAAUCCCAAACUCGAAUGCAUCAAACAAUCUCAUAGGCAUUAGUAGACUUAGUGAAAGCCAAAGCCACAAGAUUACAGAGACAAGGGCUGUGAUGAGGAGCCCUAAAAGGGUGGUGAUGAAGAUGAAACCAAAUCAAGAAAUCAAAGAGAAGGGGUUCGUAAGGAAGGGAUUGGGGUUUGAGAGAGAUGGGUAUGAAGGGGAUGGUGAUGGUUAUGAGCAUGAUCUCCUUCUGGAUGUGCCAUUGAAUGGGUCUUUUCCUCAAGCAGAGUUGCUUCCACAGCCAUAAGAGAGGGAGAGAGAGAGAGGAAACAGCUCUCUUCAUACCUUUUUUUGGAACAAAGGCAAUUAAUGAGUCUUUAAAGCUCUAAGCCUACUCUUGAUUGGAAGAUUAUUAUACAUAUCAGGCAUCUGAGCAGAAAACAUAACCUCUUGGGUGAAUCCUUCAUAAAAUGUUAUAUCUUAUAACUAUUCUCUCUUUCUCUUCCAUGGCCCUUGAGAACUUGAACAAGAAGGUCGAGUUUUUUUUAUAAAAAAAAACUCUUUUUGGCUUUUUGUAUAGGGAGGAGAAGAAAACUGUAAUAACAUAUAAUAGACUUUGAAUGUGGAAAUGAAGUAAUGUGUUUUGAUUUUU